AGGAGCGCGGUGCUCAACACGGAGGCGCGCACGGUCGAGGCGGACGUGCUGAGCCGCCGCUGCGUCAUGAUGCGCCUGGUGGAUUUCUCCUACGAGCAGUACCAGAAGGCUCUGCGCCAGUCGGCGGGUGCCGUGGUCAUCAUCCUGCCCCGAGCCAUCUCCUCUGUGCCCCAGGAUGUCGUCAGGCAAUUCAUGGAGAUCGAGCCGGAGAUGCUGGCGAUGGAAACCAUCGUGCCAGUCUACUUUGCAGUGGAAGAUGAAGAGCUGCUGUCGAUCUAUGAACAAACCCGGGCUGCUUCUGCCUCCCAGGGCUCUGCCUCGGCUGCAGAAGUCCUGCUGCACACAGCAACUGCCAAUGGCUUCCAGAUGGUGACCAGUGGGGCUCAGAGCAAAGCCAUCAAUGACUGGCUCAUCCCCAGCGUGGAGGGAAGACUCACGGGGCUGGGUGGAGAAGACCUGCCCACUGUUGUCAUAGUUGCCCACUAUGAUUCUUUCGGAGUGGCUCCAUGGCUGUCACAUGGGGCUGACUCCAACGGCAGCGGGAUCUCGGUGCUGCUGGAACUCGCGCGCCUCUUCUCCCGGCUCUACACCUACAGACGUACCCACGCGGGGUACAACUUGUUGUUCUUUGCAUCUGGAGGUGGCAAGUUUAAUUAUCAAGGAACCAAGCGGUGGCUGGAGGACAACUUGGAUCACACCGAUUCCAGCCUGCUGCAGGACAACGUAGCGUUUGUUCUCUGCCUCGAUACUCUGGGCCGAGGCAACAGCCUCCACCUCCAUGUCUCAAAGCCUCCCAAGGAGGGCACCUUGCAGCAUGCUUUUCUGAGGGAGCUGGAGAUGGUCGUUGCCAGCCAGUUCCCAGAGGUGAAGUUCUCCAUGGUGCACAAGAAGAUAAACCUGGCUGAGGACAUGCUGGCGUGGGAGCACGAGCGCUUCGCCAUCCGCCGCCUGCCCGCCUUCACCAUCUCCCACCUGGAGAGCCACCGGGACAGCCGGCGCAACAGCAUCAUGGACAGGAGGUCACGAAUAGACACUAAGGCACUAACCAGGAAUACCAGGAUCAUUGCUGAGGCUUUGACAAGGGUCAUCUACAACCUGACAGACAAGGGGGCACCUGCAGAUCUGCAGAUCUUCACGGACCAGAUGCAGAUCCAGCAGGAGCAGCUGGAAUCAGUGAUGGACUGGCUGAGCAGUCAGCCCAGGGCUGCGCAGCUCAUCGAUAAAGACAGCACCUUCCUCAACACCUUAGAAUAUUACAUGGGUCGCUACCUGAAGGAUGUCAAACAGCAUCAUGUAAAGGCAGACAAAAGGGACCCUGAGUUUGUGUUCUAUGACCAGCUGAAGCAGGUGAUGAAUGCAUACAGGGUCAAGCCAGCAAUCUUUGACCUGCUCCUGGCUGUCUGUAUCGCCGCCUACCUUGGUGUUGCCUAUGUGGCAGUGCAGCACUUUGGUCUCCUUUACAGGAUGAUACAGAGAUUAUCCCUUAAAACCAAGCAGCAGUGAAGCCCCGAGUCACCACCCAGACAGCAGCACUGAGCCAUCGGUGAGCCCAUCAGGAACCUUCUCUGCCUUCCAUUGAAUCCUGCUGUUUCUCUUCCUCUGUCUCCUCUUUGCUUCUCUGUAGAGGGGAGGAAGGCAGAAGGAACAUGACAUUUUAACUCCUGUGCACCUUUUAAGUGCUUUUCUUCAUCUUCUUCCCCUGCCUUGCACCGUGUCUGGUUUCCUUUGC